CAUCAAUUCUAUUCAGCUCUCUACUUACUCCUCCCACCUCCUUGCUUUCAACCUCGGGUCAUCUCAUACGCCAUUCUACCAUUUCAGUACAUAAAACUCCUAUCACUAAAUAUCUCGUUCCCUCGGCCUCUUACCCUCAAAAUAAGCCUCUUUUGCCGCGCUGUGCAUGUCCAUAAGCAGCACUGGCAAAAAAGCACCUCACAAUGCCCUUUGUUGGAGAAGACAACCACUCAGGACGCAAACGAAGAUACAGCGAUGACGAUGAAAGACCGUUGUACUCAACGUAUCCCUCGGGAGACUCCAUGGAUAUUUACUACCGCAAACAACGGCCAGAGCUUCCACUCCGAAAGGUCCUUCCAACGACCAAGAGACCCCGUAUGAUCAACGACGAUAUCCUUGAUACGGACGAUCUCAGCACUUCUUCCCGAAGCCGGCGUUUAUCGCAGCUCAAGGCGUUGCAAUUCCAGCCCGCUAAUAAGAACCGGGUCACAAACGCUCUUGCUCCGUGCCACAUCUGCCACCGCAGACCAACCAAAAAGACACACCUCGACUCUUUUGCCGACUGCCAAGGCUGCGGAGAGCGUGCUUGCUUCGUAUGUCUUCGCGAAUGUCAUGGAUGGAACACGGAUGGGGUUUCUGGAGUUUCGGAGCAAGAAAUGCUUUCAAGGUCUUUCCACAUGGAUGAUGUGGACGACGAACCACAACACAGUGCCACUUCCAAGGAUGGACAACAACAAUCAAAUGAAGGAUGGAAAGCCGUUGGACACCAGGCUGUGGUAUGCAGCCGCUGUUGUAUCGAACGGGGCACAGAAGGAGAUGUAACAUGCCUGGGCUGCUUCUCCCGGAUGGAAGGUUCAUGAUUUGGAAUAUUUACAACACAUAUGGCGUUUGUUUACGGAUAACGAUGAUUUGCCAGGCGUCCCCUGGGCUCCUCAUAUUCAUACAGGGGGCUAUAGCCGAGGAAUUGAUUUUGGAUGGGAAAACCGGACGGCGUGGGAUUACUGGCAUGGCAUUGUUAUGCGAUGGUAGAGGGUAAUGAAUGGUGUUUCGGGCAAAGGGCCUUGAAGGCCUCCCUUUUUGACGUAUUUGAUGGGUUUUAUUAGCGUUAGGUAGAUUUUGAC